AUGACCAUUGCUGAUCUUCAGUUGUUUUCAGCAAAGCUAAUAUCUCAAGAACAACAGAACGCCUUACCACCCGAUUGUACAUUACGACCAUUGCAACGCGAUGAUCACACAAAAGGUUUGCUAAGGUUACUGUCACAGUUAUCCAACAUAGGAGAUGUCUCCCCGGAAGCAUUUGAAGAGCAAUUCAAUAUGAUGAAACGCCAGGAAUCAUAUUAUAUCAUUGUCGUUGAGCAACGUGAACGGAUCGUCGCCUGUGCCACCUUGGUCGUGGAGCACAAAUUCUUGCAUGGUUGCAGCAAGGCGGGGCAUAUUGAGGAUGUGGUGGUCGAUGACUCCCAGCGUGGUAAACGACUCGGAUCACGAUUGAUUGAUCAGUUGGUCCAUAUAGCCAAACAAGUCGGAUGCUACAAAACCAUUCUCAACUGCAGCCAUGAAAAUGUGCCAUUCUAUGAAAAGUGUUCAUUCAAGAAUACAGCAGUACAAAUGGCAUGCUAUUUUGAUACAAACUAG